CUCUUUUCUCUCCUCUCUCCUCUCCUCUCUCCUCCUCGCUCCUCCCUCUUCCUUGCGCCCGAGCCGGGCGUCCCGUGGCGACGAGGAAACGGCUCUGGGUCGGCGCCCAAGAUGCACCGCGGCUUUGGCUUCGGUGUGUUCGAGGAUCCGGGCUGCGUCGACCGGUGGCUCAUGGGGGAGCGCUCGCGCUUCAUGCGCCUGUCGCGCGGCGGCGAAGAGAAGCAGCUUGAGGUGAAGAGGGCCGUCAGCAGCGAGGACAUGCAUGCCCAGUCGCAGGGCGGCGCCCCGCCGAACGCCGUGGGCAGCGAGCCCGGGGCCUGCCCAGACGGGCGCGGGGCGCGGGCGCUGCCGCGGCCCCCGGUGUCGGAGAAGCCGGGCGCCGUCGAGGACUUGGCGCCUGCUCACCCGGGGCUUUCUGCCGCCGCCUUGGACGCGGCGUUGCCCAGGCUCCAGCCGCGGGCCGCGGCGCAGCAGACGCCGGCCCGGUGGCCAGGGGCCGCUGCCCCGUGGGCCGCCGUUCCCGCGCUGCCGCUCGGGCGCGGAGGCGCCGCCGGCGACGUGGCGCUGGACGGCCCGGCGCACGCGCUCGCGCUGCUCGGGCCCCACCUCUUCGUCGACGAGGCCCACAGGAGGCGACUGGAGGCUGUCCUCAAGCAGGCCCAGCCAGAAGUGUACGAGGACUGAGCGCCCGCCUCCGCGGGCGGCUGCGGCGGGCCCGUCCCCGCGGCCCCCUUGUGCUGCGUCAAAGAUUGCUCGUGAGGGCGCCCAGACGGCCCCAGGGGGCUUCCUGCGCGGCGCUGCACCUGCGCGGAGCGCAGGGCCUCUUCGAGCGCGCGGCUGCCCCAGGGCAUGCGGCGGGGACUCGCCCUGCAAGAUGAGGAUGAGGGCG